AGUGAAAGAAGAACUUUCUUCGCAACCAUAAAGACCGGCUGACUCUCGGUCGAUCAGUUCGACUUCUUUGUGGAACUACGGUGAAAGCGUGCGCGCGAGCGACGGUGAUCUUUGACGAAACCAGAAUCCGCAGCUUCUCCGUAAAAUUCGUGAGGCAAAAAGAACGGCGCCAGAGAAUAAAAUUGUGGCCGAAUGUUCGUACGGACUCAUUAUAAUGUAUGUCGGUCGUGGAAUUCAGCAAAACACGUGAUGUGCGGUGCUCCAUCGAUGAAAGGAAGAACGCAGCCGUGAUUCAGAACGACAUUUGUGUAUUUUGAACGACAAAUGGAAAAAUGCCUUUACUCGUGACCUGUAGCAAUCUCUCGAUCUUAAUCUUGAUCAUGACGUUUUUUAUAUCGGUACCAAUUGAAGGCUAUGGACUUCGUCGGGAAAUUAUAGUGGCUCCAGUUGCUUUUACUGAAAAUUCCAUGAAUAGUUCACAAACUCGUACCGGAAGAUUUUUAUUUGAUGAAAUAUUCGGUAUCGACAUUCUUGAUAGCGAUUCAGACGAAGAAAGGCUAAGAAACUGCACGUGCGAAUGCGGUUUAUCUAAUCAAGAGAAUCGAAUAGUGGGGGGACGUCCUACGCUACCUUAUAAAUAUCCUUGGAUUGCGAGACUGGUGUACGAUGGUCGUUUCCACUGUGGUGCUAGUCUGCUUAACAAUGAUUAUGUAAUUACUGCUGCUCAUUGCGUACGGAAUUUGAAACGAUCGAAAAUUCGAGUGGUACUCGGCGAUUACGAUCAAUAUGUAAAUACUGAUGGAACUGCUAUUAUGAGAGCAGUGAGUGUUGUAAUACGUCAUAGAAAUUUCGAUAUGAAUUCCUACAAUCACGACGUGGCCUUAUUAAAAUUACGUAAGUCCGUGAAAUUUUCGAAGAAGAUUCGACCAAUUUGUUUACCUCAACCAGGAGCCGAUCCUGCUGGGAAAGAAGGUACGGUGGUAGGAUGGGGUCGUACUUCGGAAGGAGGCAUGCUACCUGGAAAAGUUCAAGAAGUGCAAGUCCCUAUAUAUAGCUUGGCACAAUGUCGAAAAAUGAAAUAUCGAGCAAAUCGAAUUACCGAAAAUAUGAUUUGCGCCGGUCGAAAUAACCAGGACUCUUGUCAAGGGGACAGCGGCGGUCCUCUCCUCGUUCAAGAUGUCGAUAAACUUGAAAUAGCAGGUAUAGUUUCUUGGGGUGUUGGCUGUGGUAGACAAGGUUAUCCCGGAGUUUACACGAGAGUAUCUCGAUAUCUCAAAUGGAUCCACGCAAACAUGAAGGAAGGCUGUCUGUGUGUCAAUUGUAUAAUUAACGGUGAAACAAGUUACUCAAUCAAGUCGCAGAACAUGAAGCCUUUGUGUUACUUAAUUUUAGUAUUCAUUCUCCUUUCGAUAACGAAAAAAUGUGAGGCUGAAACAUUCAACGAAAAGGUGAAGAAUUUCUUUGGACUUUUUGGUAAUAAGCCACCUUACACCAAUGAUACACCUGCGCCAUGCUACUGUAGUUGUGGGUUACGGAACGAAGAAAGUCGUAUAGUUGGAGGUCAAACGACGAGUAUGAAUGAGUUUCCAUGGAUGGCUAGAUUAUCAUACUUAAACAAGUUUUAUUGCGGAGGUACACUUAUAAACGAUCGCUACGUCCUCACAGCCGCACACUGCGUAAAGGGUCUUCUUUUCAGAUUCAUGUGGUUCAUGAUCAAGGUUACUUUCGGGGAACAUGACAGAUGUAUCGAGAAAGCACCGGAAACCAGAUAUGUAGUGCGCAUUAUGACUGGUGACUUCAGUUUUCUGAAUUUUGAAAAUGAUAUCGCGCUGCUUCGUCUUAAUGAAAGAGUGCCAUUGAGCGAUACGAUACGACCGAUAUGCUUACCAACAAUGUUAGAUAACGAAUACGUAGGGACAAAAGCAAUCGUGUCAGGUUGGGGUACAUUGAAAGAGGAUGGUAAACCGUCCUGCCUUCUUCAAGAAGUCGAAGUUCCAGUCAUGAGUCUUCAAGAAUGUCGUAAUACCAGCUACAGUGCCCGAAUGAUUUCAGACAACAUGCUAUGCGCGGGUUAUCUUGAAGGACAAAAAGAUUCAUGUCAGGGAGACAGUGGUGGACCUCUGAUUGCGGAGCGCGAAGAUAAGAAGUACGAACUCAUUGGUGUGGUAUCCUGGGGUAACGGAUGCGCAAGACCUGGUUACCCAGGUGUAUAUACAAGAGUUACACGAUAUAUGGAUUGGAUUUUGAAAAAUUCAAAGGACGGCUGUUUCUGCGAGCAUAAUUGAUUAUGCUGGUAAUUAAUUAUUACCCGGCGAUACUUAAUGGUAAACAUGAUAAAAAGAGCAAACGAAGGUUACACUUAUUGUAUAUAUAAGUUCUUUAAAUUCUCAGGAUGUAUAUGAUAUUUUCGUAACGGUCUUUUAUGCAUAAUUUAUAAAUUUAGCAGACUUAGAGUGACGUUGCGCCAAAUGUGAAAUUGAUGUACUUGAAUUGUUAAAAAUAAUCUGAAUUUUCGUAUAAUAUUUUCACAUUUUAUUCAUUAGACUUAUUAUUAUAUCUUUCUGUUUUAUAUUUAAUGACGGCAAUAAGUGAAUGAUUAGAAACAAUUUUAUGAAAUUAUGAAUAGAUGCGGUAUUAUAUACAAUGUCAUCGCAGCAUUUGUUAUAUUGGGACACAUUUGCAAAAAUAAUAUUAUACCGUGUAAUAUUUACCAUAUAAUUCUUUUUGCUAUUACUAAAAUACAGCCAAAGGCUAAAAUACUUAAUUCUGUUGCCAAGGAAAUUAACUAUAGUGAGAUUGAGAUUAUAGAUUUAGGCUACCAGUGUCAUAUCUUUUUUAUAGAAAUUGUUUAUUGUUAUAAUUCUUUAUACACAAUAAUGUAAUAAACAUUUGCAUUAAUUAGCUUUAAAUGCUCUUUUAUGUAUAUGUUUUUUUAGAAUAAAAUAUAUUCUACGAUUUUAUUUCAUA